AUGACCUUUUCAAAAGAAAUCCACACCUUCCAUUCUGGACGGCCACAGCCGCAGUCCUCAGGAUCGCACACCUUCCAGUCUCUCGAUCCCAGCACCGCCAAACCAUUGGCAACAAUCUAUACCACGACACCUUCACAGCUCAACGAUGCCGUCUCCUCUGCUCAGAAAGCGUUCCCGGUAUGGUCGCAGACGCCCGCCCCCAAGCGCGCUGCCAUCCUCCUUCGCGCUGCCGCUCUCCUGAGGGAGCGAAACGAUGCGCUCGCCCGCACUGAGAUGCUGGAUACCGGCAAAGCUUGGUCCGAGACUUCGACAGUCGAUGUGGUUACUGGAGCCGAUGUCCUCGAGUACUACGCACACUUCAUUGCCAAUAGUCAGCCUGGACAGCACACUAGCCUAAGGCCAGACGCAUACGUCCUCACCAGCCACGAGCCCUUGGGGGUUUGCGCUGGCAUUGGCGCUUGGAACUAUCCGAUUCAGAUUGCUCUAUGGAAGUCUGCUGCUUGCCUUGCUGCCGGCAACUGCAUGGUCUACAAGCCAAGUGAAGUGACUCCCCUCCACGGAAACACAUUAGCCGAGAUUUACAUCGAAGCUGGCAUGCCGUCUGGAGUGUUCAAUGUCGUUUAUGGCGAUGGCCCUAGCGUGGGAGCCCCUCUCGUCGCCCAUGAGGGCAUUGCCAAGGUCAGCUUCACCGGCCAGGUCAGCACAGGCAGCAAAGUAGCCAGCGAGGCGGCGAAAGGAAUGAAGGGUAUCACCAUGGAGCUCGGCGGCAAGAGUCCGCUGGUCGUCCUCCCCGACGCUGAUAUUGACGAGGCAGCCGACAUUGCCAUGGCAGCCAACUUCUUUUCCACCGGCCAAGUCUGCACAAACGGCACCCGUGUUUUUGUCCCCGACACGCUGCUGUCACGCGUGGAAGAAGCUCUCAUCAAACGUUGCCGUGAGGGCAUCCGCAUGGGUUUACCCCAAGACGAAACGACGAAUUUUGGCCCUGUCGUCAGCGCUGCUCAGCGUGACAAAGUCAACAUGUACAUUCAGCACGGCAAAGAGACCGACAAGGCAAAGGUUCUAUACGAUGGUGCCGUCGAUGCGCAGAAGAACAAGCCAACACCCAACGGAUACUGGGUCCCACCAGUUAUUUUCACCAACUGUACCGACGACAUGCGCAUCGUACGCGAAGAAAUCUUCGGCCCCGUCAUGGCCAUCCUACCGUACAAGACACAAGGCAAAUCCCAGGAGGAGUGGCUCCCAGAACUGAUUCGCCGCGCAAACGACACCAAGAUGGGUCUUGCAGCUGGCGUUGUCGCCACAGAUCUAAGUCUGGCGCAGAACGUGAUUCGAGAAUUACAAGCUGGUAUUACUUGGAUCAACACUUGGGGAGAAUCUCCGGCCGAGAUGCCUGUGGGCGGAUGGAAAAUGAGUGGCGUUGGUGUGGAGAAUGGGUUUGAGGGUAUCAUGGCGUACAUGCGGGUUAAGAGCACGUUGGUUCAGCUGGGCAAAGGAGCAACAAAGGGCCUUUUUGCCAAGCUAUAACUUGAUCCUGGAAAUUCGUUCUUACAAGAUGGCGUUAUAACUGGCAAAACAUGUAAAAUGUCGGGGGCACACAACUAUAUAGAGAAGCGAUUUUUGUUACAA